CGAAAGCGCGGCGGAAUCCGGCGCUCGCGACCAGCGGGAGGCGGGAUUUCCUGGCGUGAAGGGAAACGCGGCAGUUUUUGAAGUAAAAAUGGCGGAUCGGCCUAAUCUGAGAACGAGCAGAUCUGCAAACCUGACUGCAAAUAAACAGCUGAAGGCUGAGAAUGAGCCAAAAACAGACCAUAGAUCUUCAAAACAAUCUUCCCAAAAAAUGGCCACGCAGGCUGCUUCAAAGCAGUUGACCAACAAGCCUAGCACACCAAAUCCAAGGCAGAAAGACUCUUUGGGACAAGACAAAACUUUAAAGGAUGAAUUAAGUGGAUCUGGCAGAAAGAUUAGAACUUCAUUAAGUGUGCCAGAUUUAAGUGAAUCAAAGAACUUGCCCACUGCACAAAAAUCAUCCUCGACAGCAAUGAGGCCAACUACGAUACCAACUCCAACAAGGCUAAGCUUGAGUCGGUGUAGUUCUACACAAAAAAAGUAUGGCACUUCUCAAAACAAAGCAAUCAAAAAAUCAACUAAAGAAGAAAAUGAAGUGUCGGACUUAGCAUCCUCAAUGGAGGUGUAUAAUAAAAAAUUAAAAGGGGCCCGAGUUGUAUCAUCUCGCUUUCGAGAAGCUGCAGCCACGAGGAAGAAAGUGGUCAACAAGGGUCAUGAGAAAAGUUCUGGACCUGAAUUGAAACGACUAAAUACAGUAAAAAAGAACAUAGCCCUGCACUCUACAGGUAUUGAAGAAAGCAUGCUUAUGCCUUCUCUAGACUGGGAUUUAUCAGUAAUGAAACCUGAAAUUUCUCCAGUUGAAGUCCCAGAAUGUACAGGCAAUAUGGAAUCUGUUCUGAGCGUCACUUCUCAGAUGGCUCCUAUCUUGUCUGAAGAAGACAACAUUGAACAAAUGGAUUUUGAUGAAUUGCUGUUCUCCUAUAUGACCAUUAAGAGGGAAAACUCUUUGGAAAAAUAUCAAGAUGAUGCAGAACGGAACUUGCUGCUGCUUGAUGAACAAAACCAGCGUUUGCGCAGAGAGAUAUUUGAAUACAAACAAGAGUACAUUAUGUGGGAAAAGAAAAAGCAGUUGAGUUUGAUAAUAGAACAGCAGAUGGAACUUUUAAAACAAGUGGUGCCAUGUCUCAAACAAUUCAAAGUUCAGUACAAAUCUUUGGGUCAAGCUCUUGAUGCUACAAGGCACAGCCUUCCAGUGCAGAACAUAUAUAUUUCAGAAGAACCAAGAGAGGACUUGACAAAGUUGAAAAUUGACCUGGAAACAACACAACAGCUUCUAAAUGGACUUAGACUGGGAGUGGACAAAGGAAAUUCCAAUGCUUUGGCUGUAUUUAAGGAGCUUGGGGUGACUGUUGAAAAUACAGUUAAAGAGAUGAGAAGUUUUUUCCGGAAUAUUGAAGAAAUGGCCUCUUUCAUUAGUAGAGAGACUGCUCUGAUUCACCAAGAACUAGACGAAGAUGUUUUGGGGAUGGAUGUAUCGAUGAAAGGAAUUUUCAAAUAGCCCAUUCCUUCUUGUAUUAAUUUAAUUGCACACAUGCUGCAUUCUAGAUUUUAUUGUGCACAACAUUUGCUUUGUAAAUAACAUGAAUAAAAUGUAGCUUUGCAUAUCAUAGUUUGUAUUUGUUAUUGACGAAGAGUAGAUGCUUCUCCAUGGUGAGCAGGGCAAAUCUCAGGUACAGGCAGUUGAUGGGCAGCCUUUUUCUUUUGAAAAGGUGUUGUAGGCAGUUCCUUACUUUUGAUUUUAGGGUAGCUGUCAUGGGGCCAAUCAAGUAUGGGACAAUGAUUACAUUUGUUAAUUUGUAAAAAGCCAUUCUGUUGAUCUUUAUUUUGUCAUCUAAUGAAUAUUUUGAAAUUGUCACCAGUUAACUUAAACUAAACUUCAGGAUGCCCACAGUUAGGAAAUCAUUAGGUAAAUAAUCUCCAAAGCUGCCUAUAUCUAGUAAUUCCUUUUUAAAGAACUGGCAAUUACCAGAAAGCCAACACUGAAUGCAAAUGUCUUCCUUUUUAAUUUAAUGGGAAUUCACACUUCCGAGACAUGUUGCCACUUGAAGUUUUCUUGAUACAGCAUUUGACUGCAGUUGGUUCUAUGAGCUGUUUUCUCUUAAUAUUUAUACAUUCAAUCAGGUGAAAAGUUCAUUGGUAAUAAGCUCCAGUUUGAGAUGGUUUUCAACUAAAUAUUUUAACAAGAGAUUCUGUUUGGUAGGCUUGUUAUUUUUUUGUAUUUGGGUUUUGUGCAAAAUAAUGUUUUGAAGUUGUAUUUUUAAGGUAAAUCCUGUUUUGGAUAUUUAAAAAAAAAAUUAUACUGCAAUGCUAAAUCUCCAUAGGCUUUUCUGACUAAGCCAUAAACAUCUGUUUUGCAAUUCAAUUGGGCCCAGACAGAAUAAUGAAUCCCAGCAGUAGAGUGCUGUAAGGAUUUUAG